AUGGUAAAGCCAGAAUUCGCGUUCAUCGGUGCUUGGCAACGGCACGAACAGCUGAUUCCCGUGUUAACCUGCCCAAAUGAUCCAGCAUCUUCUGUGUCAACAAAUCCUGUACUGGCAAAUUCCAGGCAUCCCAGUCGGUACAUGGAACGUUUCUUCACCAAAUCACUUUCUGAAACGAUCAAUGCGCUAAAGGACGCGGCGAAAGUCACUCGAGAUCCUGACCAACGUAAGGCUACCUAUGCCGACCAGCGAGACCAUACCGUACGUGGCAGAGGUGAUGGGCGCUACCAGCUACGAAGAGAGUGUCGAGGAAGGCGGGGAAGUGAAGCGGGUCCAGAGGAAGCUCUCCGGGCCGGAGCACAAGGAGCCCGAUCUCGACAGGGAGGAGGAGUUCACGGAAUAUCAGGAACCGAAUUCAGCUGCAGAAACGUAAAAAGUUCAGGAUAUUAUGCUGAUCUUGAAACUGGAUGUCAGGUUUUCCACAUCUGUGAUGGAGGAAGAAAAAUAUCAUUCUUAUGCCCCAACGGAACCAUAUUUCGUCAAAGUCAUUUGAUAUGUGACUGGUGGUUUAGAGUGGACUGUGAACGAUCCGUUGAACUUUAUGAAGAGAGUGCAGAACAGCUUGCCCAUGACCAAAUGAUCUAUAAGAAAAGAGCAGAAGAGAUUGCUAAGGCCAUAACUGUAAGGACCACUUCAGAAGCACCAAGAGUGACCAGCAGCACCCAGCAAAGGCAGUACAGAAGAAAACCUCAACAGAGGACACAACCGCAACUUCAACAAAGAACACAUUCUCAACCUCAACAAAGGACACAGUCAAGGCUGCAAUCACAAUAUCAGCCUCAACAAUCUCAAUAUCAACCUCAGUCAGUUGUUCAGGAACCUAAAUAUCAAACUCAGCCAGUUACUCAACAACCUCAGUAUCAAUCUCCACGAGUUACACAACAACCUCGAUAUCAACAACCACAGACUCAACAACCUCAGUAUCAACAGCCCCAGACCCAACAACCUCAAUAUCAACAGCCACUGACUCAACAACCUCAAUAUCAACAGCCAGAGACUCAACAACCACAAUAUCAACAGCCACAGACUCAACAACCACAAUAUCAACAGCCACAAACUCAACAACCUCAAUAUCAUCAGCCACAGACUCAACAACCACAAUAUCAACAGCCACAAACUCAACAAGCUCAAUAUCAACAGCCACAAACUCAACAACCUCAAUAUCAUCAGCCACAGACUCAUCAAUCUCAAUAUCAGUCUGAAUCUCAGCCCCAACAAGAAGAACAGGAAAGGCAAAUACCUGCAGAAACUGCUUCAUUUGCAAGUAAUAGGCAUCGGUUCGCAAAUCAACUUGAGGCUCAAUAUAAGCAAUAUGCGGCCACAACUACAACAGCUUCACCCCUUCCCACAGAGAAAAACAUAUACAAUUAUAAUGGACAGCGAUACCAAAAAACUUCAUCGACUACAGCAAGUUAUAAUCCACCAAGUUUUCAAGAAAUAAGCAACAAUGAAGAACAUAGUAAGGAAGAAUACAGUAAAGAAGAAUUUAGCAAUGAAGAACUAAUAAACAAUAAUUACCCAGGUAGUGUUUAUUCUAGCUAUAAUUAUACCUAUCAAAAUGCUGAUUAUUAUAAUAGCAAACAUAAUUAUACUAACAACUACAACUUUUCAAGCAGCGACUAUGUUGAUACGUAUUCACAACAAAAUGGGCAGGAUUAUCAGCCAGAAACUAAUAGGGGUACAAGCAAAUACUUUGACAAUAGCCAGGCUAAUCAAAAAGAUAGUUUGGAACCAAAGUCGAGCUAUGUUUCUGAAAUUCCUUAUUCAUCCACAACAGCUAGAUCAAUAUCAAAAAGUGAGAUUAAUUCCUACAAUGACCACAAACAAAUACAGGACAACUUCCAGCCAGUACAAUCCUCAACAAGAAACCCUUUGAAACAAAAAACCGUUUUUGAUGUUAAAAUCAGGCCGACUAAGGAUUUUGCUUAUGUUGAACUUCUCAGGCAUGAAGAAUAUUUGAAAAAUCAAUCUAAAACCACGUCAGCACCUGUCUCUUACACAUCUUCAAGUUUAUCUCAAACAGUAAGCCAUGAGACCACCCCUUCUUCCUUAAAUGAUGAUGUUAUUCCAGUAUCCAGGUUUGCAACAUCAACUCCACCUUCCCAACCCAGCACAAGACAUACAUAUCUUCCUACCAAAGCAACAGAAUCUUCUAAACAGUACACAACCACACCCACACCUAAAAUUAAUAGAUAUGCCUCAAUUCAUGUUUCAGGUACUUCAGAAGAAAUAAGACCGGAAGUUGUCAAUUCCUUAAUGGAAUCAGGAGUAACACCCACUUCAGCUAAGGCACUUCAUUCAUUAGCAAGCUAUAUCAGUUCAGCUGCUGCUGAUGACUUGAGUAGCAUUUAUGGACAACUAGAUGGACAUCCACAGGUGUCAGAUGUCAUUCUCAAUUUCCAUUCUGGAACCCCAGCAACUAAUUCAUAUCUCCAAAAUGAAGUAACAACUCGAUCAUCGUCAUCUCCUUCAGAAGAAAGUUUACCAUCAGGAUUAACGAAAGCUACAAAGGAAUCAUAUUCUUAUCUCUUUUCAGAAAGUAAAGAACAAACUGAAAAGAAAGGUGAGGUGCCAAAUGUACCAUUUUUAGAAAUAGAUUAUACUACACAGAAACCUCAAACAAUAACCCCACAAAUGACUAAAGGAGGUGACAGAGAUUUGAGAUUAAAGGACUCAAGUGAGCUACGGGAAUUGGCUCAGGUAUUUAGUAGAGCACUUUCAGCUUAUCUUGAAGAUCCUGAAACAUUUAAAGAAAUACUUGCCCAAGUGAGACCUACCGAACCCAGCAAUACUGAUCACACCACACCAUCUCCAGAUGAUGAAGUACUAGACUUUUCUGAUGCUAAUCAAGGCCAGAAAGGCAUUACAAGUUCUCCAUUAACAACUCUCAGUAACAUUGUAGGAUAUACUGAUGAAAAUUUAAACAUUGGUGAUAUAAAUAAUUUGGCCCAAGGAACUCGAACUUUUGAACCAGACAAUUCAUUAGAACACAAUACAUUUCCACCAACUGCUCCAGAAAAUUAUCAAGCAACUCACUUUAGUUCAGUUACACCAAGUUCUGUACAGUUAAAAGUGAACAGCAUUACAAACAACACGGAUCCAUUAGACUACUAUAGCAGACUUGGUUCAAAAGAAGACCAAUCCUAUUUCCCAACUGUAGGAGGAGUUAGUGAUACCAGCAGACCAAGAUAUGGAGGUUUUCAAAACAACACCCAGAAAACAGCAAGAGCAUAUUCCCCAUAUGGCUCAGAUGUUCCUAAAAAUCUUACUGGGUCACCAAUUUCUAUAACAACCCCCGUGGUACAAACUGAAGUUCCCUUACUGUUUAGUUUGACCAAUGCUUCAUCAGAAAAAGAAGGACUUCCAGAACCUAAAGAUGUAAAUAGUCUUAUAAAAAUCAAUGUCUUGAAUUCAGAUCAGUCAAGUAGUGAGGAAAAUACAAAUUAUCAAACAUCACCAUCUGCAUACCAAGAUGACACAUAUUUUCCAUCUGCAGACCAAGAGAAAGUUUUGAUAACUGCAGGAAGUCAGUCAUUAGUGUCCAGCAAUAACUACCUCCAAUUCGCUAAAGUAUUUAAUGAACAAAGUCAAAAAGAAAGAAGUAAAUAUUAUCCAACACUCUACAACUCUAAUUCAUAUAUAAAUUAUGCUCCCUCUGCAGUGUCACAAGAUAAAUUUAAUACCAAAGAAGAUUACAAGAGUGAAGAAUUUAUUCCUUUCUUUGGUCAGGAACCUCCUUUUGAAAAUCUGGCCAAACCUUCUGGAUUCCAAACUACAAAAGAAUCGGAUAAUAUCAAACAAGAUCAAACGCUAACUGAACAGAGUGAUACAUAUGAGAAGCGAACUGGCAUCUUUGCCGAUCCAAUAAACUAUCAUUUGGAAGCUAUAAAUGCUGAACUUUCAACUCCUUCAUAUGGUGAUAAAAAUAGUGAAUAUAAAGUUUCAUAUAAAAAUGUUGACCUUGGUAAUGGUGUGACUUUAGAAAAACUUGAUUCAUCAACAGAAACUCGUAAGUAUGAAACAACUUGGACUGUAUCACCUUUAAUAGAUUUGACCACUGCCAGUGGGAGCACACUUCAUCACAACUAUACCAGUAGCCCGGUACCAUCUUCAUCAGCCCACUAUUCAUCUCCUCAUCAAUAUGAAGCAACAACAUACCGUCCACCACGCUCAAGCGAUUCUUCAGAUACAGCUGAGUUCCAAUGGGCAACCACUGUCCAAACAGAAAGCAACUCUGAGGAAACAGUAACUACUUCUGGUCUCACUGAUUCAACAGAGACAGUGAUUCCUAAUGAAAAUUUAGGAAGCUUUGAAAAAACAGCUAUGGAUAUGUUUGGUAAUCUUAAUGAAAGUGCUGCAGUCACACUAAUGGAUAUGAUGUCUAAAGCAGAAAAAAACAUGACAAUACGUAGGCUUGUAUUGCUUUUGGUUAAUGAAAAAGGCAAAGAAAAUAGAACUAUUCAAGAGUCACGAGAAAACUUGAUAAAUGCCCUUUUAAAUAAUAUGGAAGACAUUAAAAAAGAAACUACUACUAGUGAAUUACCUCCUCUUUCAGCUUCUCCAUCUACACCAAAUAGUGUAUAUAUUCCUAGAAAAAAAGUUAGAGUUUCUCGAGUACGUUUAAGCACCACAUCCGAACCCCCACAAAAUAGUGGCAAGUUUCAUCGAGGAACGGAUACAAUGACUGCAGUCCAUGGAAGUCCAUCUGAUAUAAAUAAAAUCAAUUCCGCUAAGUUGUACAUACCUUCACCAACAAUAUCAGCAUAUACUAACACACUUCCAAUAGAUUCGGAUGCAAGAGCUGUGGAGCUUUUGAGGACACUCUACAGCCUUGCAGCCAAAUGGGGUUAGGGCCACAAUCUGAACUACUAUGAGACUUAAGGUAGUAAACCAAUAUGAUCGAUUGAACUUCUACAAUUGUUUCAAACAGAUGCUUUGCAUACAGAGAAGAAUCCUUGAUCAUAUAUGGUUUAUCAGCAUCAAACAAUUUUAUGUGAAGAUUAUGAAAAUCACAAUUUUUUUUAUUUGUCAUUGAUAAAUGUACAGUUCUAUGAAUGUUGUUAUGUUCCUUACACCUUCAUACUUUUAAGAGAUGUGAAAUAUAUUGAAAAAUAUUGUAAAUGUAGAUAAUCCUGUUGACAGAUUUCGAGACUUUUAGUAGUGUCUAUAAUUACUAGUUAAUAUGAUGAGAGCAAAAGAUAUUUAUUAUUUAUAAAUAAAAAAAAAAAAACUAAUAAGGCUCUAUUAGUAUUUAUUUUUUUCAGCCAAAUGAUUUUAGUCACUCGAAGAGAACAAUAUGUAAAUAAAAGUGUUUUGAGGUUCUGCACAACUUUGUAAUGCUCAAAUGAGUUAAAGGUGUUAUUAGACAGAUCCAGUGAGAAAGACAAAUUAAAAUCUGUAAUUUUCAUAUUUUGUUUUAUGUUACUUUUAGUUAUUUUUGAAAAUCACAAUUAUUGUGUUGCCAUUAAUGUUUGAGUGAGCGUUUGUAUAAAUGAUUUUAUGUAGGUAUUAAUUUUGUAAAAUUUUUAUUGAAUUAAAU